AUGACGGACUUACUCCUCGAUCCGGCAAUCCGGACCUGGGUUUUUUUGCCGAUCGUCGUUAUAACGUUUUUGAUCGGCGUGCUUCGCCAUUACGUAUCCUUGCUGCUCAUGAGCAAGAAGAAAGUCGAGUUGGAGAAUGUUGCGGACGGACAGUACUUGUUGCGGUCGAGGCUUUUACGAGAGAAUGGGCGUUUCCUGCCUCGGUCAUCGUUUUAUUCCAGACGAAAUUUCCUCUCAGCGGAGGAUCAUGGAUAUUUAUCGAAAGCAAUGCAGCGACCCAGUAAGGGCCCGAAUCCGAUGGAUCCGACCCAAAUGACGGAAAUGCUGAAGGGAAAUAUGAUGAAUAUGAUUCCAAUGAUUGUUGUGGGAGGCUGGAUUAAUUGGACUUUCUCGGGUUUCGUCACAACGCGGGUUCCAUUUCCAUUGACGUUAAAAUUCAAGGCAAUGUUACAGCGUGGUGUUGAUCUGGUUUCACUGGAUUCGGCAUGGGUACGUUUGAUUGUCUAUUAUACUGGUAUUAUAACAUCGAUUUAUACACUUGUGUUGGGUGAAGAGAACGCUGCAGACCAAUCGAAAGCAAUGGAAGACCAGAUGAGUGGAGCAGCAAUAUCGCCACAACAAGACCCCAAAGCUGCGUUCAAAGCAGAGUGGGAGGCAUUGCAAAUGUAUCAGCACCAGUUUGCACUUUAA